CGUACUGAGUGAGUCUCUCUUCGCAGCCAGUUCAUUUUCAGUUGUUCGAUCUGAACAUUUUUGACAGAUUGAAGCAAAUAGUCAAAUCGAAUAGGUUAUUUUUGCACAAUAAUCGACGUUUUUCUUUAAUUUUUUAAUUUUUUACUUUUUCAUCUGGAACGAAAUAAUCGAGAAAUUUGAUCAACUCCAGACUCAACUGAAACACACAUCGCACCGAAAUCUAUUCAUAGCAGUUUUUUUUAGCAGUGGUGACAGGCAACAGAAAGAAGAAGAAAAAACUCCAGCAAAGAAAUCAUGCAAAUUUAGAUGAAAAAGGGAAUAUUACCACCACACCACCACCAGCAACAACAUCAAAAAAUAAAACAAAAUAAAGUUAUUUGUGUCAGUUAUUUUGUUUUGGGUUCUCGUGUUUCUCUUUCUCCUAUACCUGACACCGUAAUUCCGAUGCAAUUUAUUCGUUUCGUUUUGUGUUGUGUGAUUGUAUAGUUGAUGUGCUCUUAUGUGUACUUCUCUUGCUCGUUCGCUCUCUCAUUCUCUCUCGAUCGUGUAAUUCGCGUGUAUGCUCCUAAUUUGUUUUGUUGUUUAAAAUGAAUGAAUAGGCAAAUUGCACAUAAAAUUCAAAUUGUUAAUGCCAAAAUAAGAGAGAAAAUAUUCAAGUGAACUGAGCAAAAACAAAAUAAAAGCAAGAGAGAGAGAGAGAGAGAGAAAAAAAACCAAACCAAACCAAACCAAACAAAUAAACAACAAACCAGCAGCGAAUCGCGAUUUUCAUCAAUUUUUUGUUGUUCGAGUCUACACCGUGCUAUAUUGCAAUUGGAUUAUAUUGCCAGUGACGAAAAGGGGCACGAAAACAAACGUGUGGAUGACUUGAAUGUUGUACCAGCCAAAAGACAAAGUGAGACGAGUCCCAAGGAAAACAGUGCUCAAGCCUGGUGCCAUUCAGCAAAGAAACCAGUGCGAUUGAUGAAUCAGUGAACCAGUUAUUUGUUGGCGAAGAAAAUUAUCAAAGAAAAAAAAAGUUGGAGCGAAAAGAGGAAGUGUUUGUUUUUAUUUGAUUUUCGGUGUAAAUGCAAAAAAAAGUUCAGCUGUGAUACAAUAGAAAUAAAAAUUUGUUGAAUUUGACAUUGGAUAUCUUUUGUGAGAAUCGUUAAGGAGUUAAAGUGCAAUCAGAGCAGCGUAACGUGAAAUUACAACACGAUUUUCAUCAGUAAAUAAGUCAAUUGUUUUUUUUUUCUGUUUUGUUUGGAGCAAGCAAUUCAUUGAUCGAAAUCGGGCAGCCAAAUUACAAGCCAGAUCAGCCGAGACCAUUUAUGCGCAAAGUGACCAUAGAACUAGAGAGAAAAAGAAUCUAACCAGCAUCAACAUUAGCAACCAAAACCAGAAGAGUUCACUGUUAUACGAGUCAAUCAUACCGUGUGCUUGUACCAUUUUUUCGCCACACAUUGACGUACAUACGUACUAACUCACAUUUGUACCUAAUAGAAUAAAGAGCAGCAGCAGCAAUCACCACAUUACUUCAUAUACACCGAACAUCGUCUGGAAAGAGACACAAGUGUCCGGGGCGAGUGGAAAAGCAGUUGACGUUACUUUGAAACCCUUUAUUCGUUAUAUUUUUUGGGGUUAUUCAAAUAGAAAAGAGAAAUGAGACUUGUUUCAAAUUCACUAAGCGAAUGUUAUGAACCGUUAAUCAUUCCACCAAUUUCGAUUCAAUCGCUAUCACGUUGGGGUAGACAAAAUGAAUUGCACGUUAAACCAACUGAUUAUUCGGCAUUAGAAGGACCAAGACACCGUGCUAGCCCAUUUCCACGUUCGGAUCAAAUCAAUAGUCGAUUCAUUAUCUGGGAAGGUGAUAUUUCGUUGAUCGAAUCUGAUGCAAUUACAAACACGACCGAUGAAACAUUAACGGAAAAGAAUACAAUAUCGAGCCGAAUAUUUCAACGUGCUGGACCCGAUCUAUAUGAGGAGAUAUUAAAUGAUAAUCGAGAGUGUAAAACUGGUGACGUUCGUGUAACAAAAGGCUAUAAUUUACCGGCAAAAUACAUUAUACAUACUGUUGGUCCUAUAUAUACUGAACGCUACAAAACCGCUGCCGAACAAACACUUUACUCAUGCUACAGAAAUAUUUUAUGCAAAAGCCUUGAACUUGGCGCGAAAUCGCUUGCCGUCUGUGUCGUGUCAACAAUUCAGAAGAAUUUUCCACCCGACAUUGGUGCUCACAUUGCAUUACGAACCAUCCGCCGUUUUUUGGAUAAAUUUAAAAACGAAACAAUUAUACUUUGCCUUGAACCACACGAGCGUGGAAUUUAUGAAGUGCUAGCACCAUUAUACUUCCCACGUGAUAUUUUAGAAGAAAGCAGUGCAUUGUGGCAACUACCGAAAAAUAUCGGGGGAAAAUUUGGUGAACCGCAAUUGGUUGAUCGACAAAUUCGCAUCAUUCACAACCCACAGCAUUCCGUCAUGAUUAGCGCCGACGACGACUCGGACAACAAUCCACAUGAUUUCGACAAUGGUGACGUUGAGUAUGGUUUGAGUUCACAUCUUUCCAUUGGACAGCAUUCGUUCUCGCAAAUGCAGGGUGAUUUGGAUCGUCAACGUUUGCUGGGUAAUCGUCAACGCGUAGGCCUUUAUGAAAGUAAUAAUGAUGAUGGAGACUGUGAGGGAUUGGAACAUCAAGAACGAUAUGAGCGUUUAUUGAGACGUGCACGCACCGAGGAUUUAACUGAAGUAUCGGGCAUUGGAUGCUUGUAUCAGAGUGGCGUCGAUCGUUUGGGUCGUCCAGUUGUUGUAUUCUGUGGAAAAUGGUUUCCCGCACACAAUAUCGAUUUAGAAAAAGCGCUUCUAUACCUAAUUUACUUACUGGAUCCAAUUGUUAAGGGCGAUUAUGUAAUUGCAUAUUUUCACACGUUAACCAACUCCAAUAAUUAUCCAUCGCUUCACUGGCUUAAAGAAGUGUACAGCAUACUUCCAUACAAGUAUAAGAAAAAUUUGAAAGCUUUCUACAUUGUGCACCCAACAUUUUGGACAAGGAUGAUGACAUGGUGGUUUUUAACAUUCAUGGCGCCUGCGAUCAAAUCGAAAGUUCAUCAAUUACCUGGCGUUGAGCACUUGUAUGCUGUCAUGACACGAGAUCAAUUAGAAAUUCCAGCCUACAUUACUGAAUAUGAUAUGGCGACAAAUGGCCUGCAUUACUUCCAACCAGUAACACGGCAAAUCCCGGAACUUUAAAUGUAUGCCCGACAACAGCAGCGAUUCAUAGCAACAAAACUAAAAAUAACAUACACAAAAAAACCAUCAACAUUAAAUUCAAUUUAUCACAGUUUGGCGAACAUACAAAAUGAAACGUAUUAUUGAUCACAUACACACACAGAGACACAAAAAUGCGAUUAAUUAAAUAUAGGAACGGAUUUUUUUUCUUCUUCAUAUCCCAACAACAAGCGACGAUGCCAACUAAAUGAAAUGCAUAAAAAUUCACAUUUAUUGCGUAGCAGAAACAAACAAAAAUAGCCAGUAGAGAAAAUGCAAAGGGAACAUAGUAAUGGUAUUUGAAACACCAGUUAGAAAAAUGGAUUGUAAAGAAUAAAUUGUUAUUACUGCGAGAAUUGAAGUAAUUAUUUCCGACAAUUUGCCGUCUAUCAAUCGAUCGUUCGAACAUGGUUGUUGUGAAUAGGCUUGAGCGAGAAAAAAAAUAUGGAAACAAAAGAGAAAGAGAUAACCAAUUGAAUUUGUCUUCUUUUUGUAAUUGACUCCAAGUCUUGUUUCACCACCCAAAUACACAAAGAGGUACACGGCGCGAACUUGGACCUCACUAUUCGUCACCAUCUCGUCUCCAAUCCCAUCAUUGUCAAUGCGCGAUUGAUCUUUGUAUUGUACAACUAGUACCUUCAAUUCAUCAAGAAGCACUGUCAUAGUUAACCGAAAUUUGUAGAACUUAUUUUAUUUUUCUCUGUGGGAAAAACAAUGAAACAUUUAUGAAACAAGCAAAGAAAAGUUGCAAGAAAACGAACGGAGCGAUGUGAAACGAAUCGAAAAUGAACCCAUUUGAAUUUAGUCUUGCUUGCAUAAAGUAUGAAAACUAAGAAAUAGCUCAGAGUGUAUAAGAACAACAGCAACAACAACAAAAACCACCCGAAAAAUAUUUUACAAUUUUAAGGAAGAAUAAAAACAAAGAAAACGUUAUUUAUUAGAUUCGUUGAAUUGUCACCACCGCAUUUCUUAAUGUUCACUCACAAUAGGAAUAUGAAUAGAGCUUGGAACAGUUUAUUGAAUAUGUUUUCGCCAAAUGAUCUAAAAGAAACAUGAACAACAACAACAACAACAAAAAUCAACUUUAAAAUAACUAAAUGGCAAACAGUAUUGUUAGUUAGCCACAUUUUAGUGUUUCUAUCAGGACAACAACAACAACAAAAUCUAUACUAAUUAAUCUAGUAAAAAUGAAAAUAAUUUAGUUGAGUUUUGAAUUAACAACAACACCAUUUGUCACAACUAAUAUCCGAGGAAUACAUAAGAAGAAGAAAAAAAUUAUUAGAAAAUAUUGUAUUUAAUCAAAACAAAAAGCAACAAAACGUAUUCCAAAUUUUGUCUCUCUUUCGUUUUCUCUAUCGAUGGUGUGGAUUUGAAUUCCACGCACGUAACACCUAACUAGCAAAUUGAUGAUGAUAUGUUUAAAACAAAUAAUUAAUGAAAUAAUGUUAUAGUCAGUAUAAUCGUCUGAACGCUGAACAAACCAAUUGAUAUAUCAUUUUUGUGGUUUGGUUUGCUUCUGUUCUUCAUUGUGUAUAUUCAAUGCGAAUAGGGACAAUUCAAAGCAUUAAUCGCAUGAGAAGAAAAUAACAACAACAACAACAACAA